CCUCCUCCCCUUCCCACAAGCACUACUCACCCUUCUCUGAUAUCAACACAGCUACUCACUUAUAACUAUAUUAUUAUUAUUAUUAUUAUUAUUAUUAUUAUUAUUGCAUUUUUCCAAAUUAGUUGCAGAAAUGGCUUCUUCAAGUCCCUCCUUGCUUCUAAUCCCUCUUCUUGUUGGUUCUAUAAUGGUUGUUGCAUAUGGUGCCAAGUUAGACCAAGAAGUUGACAUCACAUGGGGCGAUGGGCGCGCCAAGAUGCUCAACAAUGGGGAGCUACUCACUUUGUCACUUGACAAAGCCUCAGGUUCUGGUUUCCAAUCCAAGAAUGAGUAUCUCUUUGGCAAGAUUGACAUGCAGCUCAAGCUUGUUUCUGGAAACUCUGCUGGCACUGUAACUGCCUAUUAUUUAUCUUCAAAAGGAGCAACUUGGGAUGAGAUAGACUAUGAAUUCCUUGGGAAUUUGAGCGGCGACCCCUACAUUCUUCACACAAAUGUUUUCAGUCAGGGCAAAGGAAACAGGGAACAACAAUUCUAUUUAUGGUUUGAUCCUACGGCUGAUUUUCACACUUACUCCAUCACUUGGAACCCCCAAAGGAUUAUAUUCUCAGUGGAUGGAACUCCAAUAAGAGAGUUCAAGAACUCAGAGAGCAUUGGUGUCCCCUUCCCAAAGAGCCAGCCAAUGAGAAUAUAUUCAAGUUUGUGGAAUGCAGAUGACUGGGCAACAAGAGGUGGACUUGUGAAGACAGAUUGGACAAAAGCUCCAUUCACAGCUUCAUACAGGAACUUCAAUGCCGAUGCUUGCAUAUGGUCUAAUGGCGCAUCAUCUUGUGGUUCUGGUUCUGGUUUAGGUUCUUCUUCUACUACUAGCAGUUCAUCAUGGCUCUCACAAGAGUUGGACACUACGGCACAAGAGAGGCUAAGAUGGGUCCAGAAGAACUAUAUGAUAUACAAUUACUGCACUGAUGCAAAGAGGUUUCCACAGGGUUUUCCUCCAGAAUGCAGAACCUCCUAAAAACAGACAAAAUAGAAUGCCAUUAUUGUAGAUUAUUUUAUUGGUGCUGCUAUUUUAAUUUUGAUUCUUUCAUCCCUUUUCAAUUUUGUCACCACUACGAUACUAAUAAGUAUGAAUUCUUUUAUGUAUGAAAUAUACGUAUAUUCUUUUUCUGUGUUA